GCAGUUUCGCACCAGGAUGCUGCAGGCGCCGCCUCGGGGAUCGCUGCGGGGCGUCAUGGACGUUCGCUCGCACCAGCGCUACCGCCGCCGCACCUCGCUGCCCGCCAAGCUCGUACCCACCAAGUCUUCAGCCAUGCCGCCGAGCAACCAAGACACCAAGCGCGUCUCGUUCAUUCUCGUGCCGCAACGCAUUUCGUACCACCGACCAGAGUCGUUUGAUGAAUGGCUCUUCCGUGUCGGUCGCCUCGAAUCGCCCCACGCGUCGGUUGAGAAAGCGGUGGCCAACUUUCUCAGUCGCGCUGCGCACUUUGCAGGUCACGAGGCCGCAGCCUACGCGCGGCCCGAGCGCGACGUCUCUCCGCUGUCGAAAGCUGACUUUGCGUGCUGGCGCACCUUGGCGUCGCACGCGUGGGAAGACGAAGCCGAGUUCUUUCGCGACGACGACGUUCGUGCGACGCGGAAGCUCCACAACCUGCUCCAAGCUGUGAUGCCGACCAAAAUCAAGGACCGGAAGCGCGCCGAGUACCGCCGCCAGUGCCUUCAACACCUUGUCAACUCGUGCUUGGCCUUUGGCGACGCGCCGUUCACAUUGAACGACCUCGCGUGCCUCCUCGACAGAUGACAUAUUGUUACUUUAAGGACAUUGUGUGC